AUGUACUGUGGACAAGUUCAACCAAUCCAGUUUAGAAAGUGCCUGAAGGCGUGGCACUGGCGAGAAUAUGAACAAGUAAAAUAUCAAGUGAGAGCAGCUGUGGACGGGGACAACAGUCGAAACUGCAGCUCCCCGCGCAUAGACUCUUCUCCUCUCUGCAGCGGUCGAAAAGAAGACGCCGAGAUGUCCCAGCAGCACGCGGUGAACGGGGUCUUGCCCAAGGGGAAAGUGUUGACUCUGGAAACCAUGAACCCACACGUGAAGAAAGUGGAGUACGCAGUGCGCGGACCGAUCGUGCAGAGAGCCGUGCAGCUGGAGAAGGAGCUCCGAGAGGGUGUCAAGAAGCCUUUCACAGAAGUCAUCAGGGCCAACAUUGGAGAUGCUCACGCCAUGGGUCAGAAACCGAUAACAUUUCUAAGACAAGUCCUAGCUCUGUGUGCGUACCCACCUCUUCUAGAAGACAACAAAUUCCCAGAAGAUGCCAAAGAGCGAGCGAGGCGGAUCCUCGGUGCAUGUGGAGGCCAAAGCCUAGGAGCGUACAGUGCCAGCCCCGGCAUCGAGUGCAUACGUCAGGAUGUGUCCCGUUACAUCGAGAAGAGAGACGGAGGAAUCCCCUCUAACCCGGACAACAUCUACCUGUCCACAGGGGCCAGCGACGCCAUCGUGACCAUCCUGAAGUUGUUGAUUUGUGGGGAGGGUCACAGUCGCACUGGGGUGAUGAUCUCGAUCCCCCAGUAUCCCCUCUACUCCGCGGCUCUGGCAGAGUUGGGCGCCGUGCAGAUCAACUACUACCUGGACGAGGACAAAUGCUGGAGUCUGGACUUGAAGGAGCUGAAGAGAGCCGUGACCGAGGCCAGGGAGCACUGUCACCCACGGGUCCUCUGCAUCAUCAACCCCGGGAACCCCACUGGGCAAGUGCAGAGCAGAGAGUGCAUUGAGGAGGUGAUCCGGUUUGCCAAAGAGGAAAAGCUCUUCCUUAUGGCCGAUGAGGUUUACCAGGACAAUGUGUAUGCAGAGGGAUGCAAAUUCCACUCCUUUAAAAAAGUAUUAUUUGAGAUGGGACCUGAAUAUUCGAGUACUGUGGAGAUGGCCUCGUUUCAUUCCACCUCCAAAUGCUACAUGGGCGAGUGCGGGUUUCGGGGCGGAUACAUGGAGGUUUUAAAUAUGGACCCUGAUGUCAAAACACAGCUCACAAAACUAGUCUCAGUGCGACUAUGUCCUCCGGUCCCAGGCCAGGCUCUUCUGGACAUGGUGGUCAACCCUCCACGGCCUGAGGAACCUUCUUACAACACUUUCAUAAAGGAACGGACAGCGGUCUUAGCAGCCCUGGCAGAGAAAGCAAGAAUGACAGAAGAUAUGUUCAACACAAUUCCAGGAAUCACCUGUAACCCAGUCCAGGGCGCCAUGUACACCUUCCCCCGCGUCUCACUACCCCAAAAGGCCAUUGACAAGGCCAAGGAAGAGGGCUGUGUCCCGGACAUGUACUACUGCAUGAGGCUGUUGGAGGAGGAGGGAAUCUGCCUCGUGCCGGGAAGCGGCUUUGGACAAAGAGAUGGAACGUACCAUUUCAGGAUGACCAUUCUGCCUCCUGCUGAAAAACUCAAGAUUGUGCUUCAGAAGAUCAAGGAUUAUCAUCUCCGGUUCACAAAGGAAUUUUCGUAA